GUACCCGCAGGGCUCCAGAGUCGGACCGGACCGGGCGGCAGCAGGGACGGCGCGGGGCCCAGUCGUGCGCCGGGAGUCGUCACGGAGGGUACGGGAGCGGACUGACAGUAGAGAGAGAGAGCACCGCUCGUCCGGCCGCCAUGGAGUUCCCGUUCACCGGCGAGCCGAUCCCGGCCUCGGAGGAGGCCGUGUACGCCGCGUUCCCCAGCUACCGGCAGCACGGGCUGGCCAUGUUCGGGCCGGACCGAGUGGUGUACAGCGCAGACGCGCUGCCCAUCCUGCAGAAGCUCUACCAGACGCCGCUGCACGCCGACGACCUGUGGCUGCUGACACCGCCCAAAUGCGGCACCACAUGGAUGUCUGAGCUGGCCUGGCUCGUCAAUCACGACUGCGACUUCGAGGCGGCAAAGAGUUACCUGGUACCCGACCGCGCUCACUUCCUGGACAUGCCGGUUCUGGCGUCACCCCGGGGGCGAGAGGCCAUGACCGCUUCCGGAAGCCGCAUGAUGAUGCCCAUCACUGAUCGGCCUCGGCCCUGGCACAUCCAGACCCACCUGCCGCUCAACUUUCUGCCGCCAGCGCUGCUCGACACGUGCAAGGUGAUUUAUGUGGUAAGAAACCCCAAGGAUGCCGUCGUCUCCUUCUACAAGAUGUUGCAAAACAACAAAACACUGAGCCCGGAGCUGACGGUCGACCAGUACGCCGAGCUGUACAUGGCCGAUCGCUGCAUCAGCACGCCUUUCUUCUCGAAUGUUCUGCAGGCGUGGAAACAGCGGAACCACCCCAAUAUGCUGUUUGUCACAUUCGAGGAGAUGAAGCAAGAUCUGCGCGGUGUCAUCAACCGCGUGGCAGCCCACCUCGGCAAGCAGCUAACCGAAAAACAACUGGAGCAGCUCGAACGUCACCUCAGCUUCGAAAGCAUGAAGGACAACCAGUGGGUGAACAAGGAGAAUCUGGGCUACCGGAAGACAGACAGCAGCACAGGAGAGAGCCAAGCCUUCAUGAGGAAGGGUCAGACGGGCGACUGGAAGAACAACCUGAGCACUGAGGUGGCCCAGAAGAUGGACGUUUGGAUGGAGGAGAACCUUCGAGGCACCGGACUGGAGCUGGUCACGGAGCUCCCGAAGAAGUAGCGACUCUGCCAACUACAGACCUGUGCCAACUCCAUACUUGUGUACACCCGCCAAUCUCAACAAUCAAUCAGUACUGUAGGAGUGUAAAGAAAGACGCACCAACUUCCACGACUCAGAAAUGGCCCGGAGGCAAAAGCUCCAGAGAAGCUGCGCGCUCCAGAGAACCCAAAUUCCUUUCAUGGCAGCUUCUUUCGAGCCUCGUCCGAGCGCCAGCCUGCCUUCGGCAUUCUACAGUACAAACAUCAACGGCCACACUCCCCGGGUUCCGUUCUUCAGUUCUGUCCGAAACGCGAUGUAAUCUCUUUAGAAUGCUUUGAUGGUGCAAAACAUGUGCAGCUUUGUAAAAAGAUGUGAGAAGGAAAAGCGAUGUGAGAGUUUAAAUACACCCUAGCCGGGCUUGUCUGUCUCACAUCAACCAAUGUGUUAACUGUUAGCAUGAUACUAGACUGUUCUUUUGUAGUUAAUACAAGUAGCACAGGAAAACAUUUGGAAAACAUGACAACU